AUGGACGUCAAGAAGAAGCACGAGAUCGAGGCAGCGCUGGCCAAGGAGGCACAGGCCAUAUCGGCCGGCCAGCUCAAGGAGGAGAACCCGCUCGACCUCAGCGAGGACUUCAGGGUCUUCUGCGAGGCGUGCAGGCGGGGCGACUUGAAGGUCGUCCAAGAAAUGAUAUCUCAGGGCGUGAACCUCAAUGCCCGGGACAAGUUCGACUACACGCCUCUGAUCCUAGCCAGUCUCUGUGGACACUACGAAGUCAUCCGCUUGCUUCUGGAGAAUGGCGCCCUGUGCGAGAGAGACACCUUCCAGGGUGAGCGCUGUCUCUACAACGCCCUGAACGACCGCAUACGAAACCUCCUACUAUCCUACGACUACGCAAAGUCAACAAACCCGCUACAGCCACUUGCGGCGCAUAUCACCUCACUCCUUGCUCGCCCUACGCCCAAAACUACCGAUAUCGUAGUUGCCGCAUACGAUCAGAACUUUGAACUGCACAAGUUCCUGCUAGCCGCGCGCUCGCCGUACUUUGCAAAGAAGCUAGCAGCAGCACCAUCUACCUCGUCUUGGAAGCUGCCAAACAACGUUCCAGCCGAGUCGCUAGCAGUGGCGCUGCAAUAUCUGUACUUCCAGGAAGUCUCAAUACGGCGCGCGCUAUUUGGACUAAAUGAUGAGCAAGAAUUGGUGGUAUUGAAUGGCAUAGACAAGAUUGGAAAGCAACUAGAGAUUGAGCGUUUGUUCGAGGAUAUUACAGAAAUAUCUGACCGGCGGUUGUUACGGCAACGUAGAGCCGAAGAGCUGGAUAGAGGCCGAGACCAACUAGAAGCUUGGUUCAGAAAUAACGUUUUGAAGUACAAGACGGUUGUGGACACAGAAAAGGUGGACAACAUACAGUGGGACAGAGACAAUUCAAUUUUCGCCGAUAUAUUACUACGAGCGGACGACUAUGGAGAAGAUGACCAUGUCUUCCACGAUCGCUCGGAGAUGUCAACGCCCCCUGUGAGGAACACGGCUGGUCCCUUGCUUGGAAUUCCUGUAGGACCAGUCCGAUCACGAUCCCCGUCAAGACAACGAACACCCCGAAAGUCAACAGUAUUCCCAGCUCAUCGUGCAAUGUUGUUACGCUCCGAGUACUUCCUCACCAUGUUCAGUUCGCAAUUCAAAGAGGCACAGGACACGCCGCACCUCCAGAUCGUCUCGAUAGACUGUUCACCAGCUGUCCUCGAAACGAUAUUGACUUUCAUGUACACUGAACGCGCCGACUUUGGCCUGGACAUUGCCAUCGAUGUGCUCUUCGCUGCAGACCAGCUCUUCAUUGAAAAACUAAAGCAACGCGCUGCAAUCAUCAUCUCUGCCUUGGGCAACGGUUCGACAUCAGCCGUGGAGAGUGACAAUCCUCGUGGCGCCACGGAUGCUGACGAAGCGGUCGAUAUCUACGAGGUCAUAAGAGCAGGCUGGGAUACGCGAGUACAGCGCCUUGAAGAAUUUGCAGCGCGAUACAUUGCGUACCGAUUGGAAUUCUACAUUGACCAACCAGAAUUUGCAGAGCUUGUCCAAGAAUCUGCAAACAGAGUAAAAGCGCGUCAGGAAACGGAUACUGUCGAGCUUGUCGACGACAUUCGAUACUACCUCUCUGAACGUUUCAGGCUUCGGUUUGAAGAGAGCGGUCUGGAUGAGAUGAUGGAUGAAAACGCUGCUGCCAGAGCUGACGACGAGGGGGAUCUCGCGGAUGCCGUACGUAAUCUUGUUUUGGAAGACAAUUUGACAGAGAAGUCACAGCAAGAGGAUGGGCACAUCCCGAUGGAGCAACAAAUCGCUGCCGGCGCGAUCCGAACAUUAGACGGAGAGGUGGCAGGCGAUGAGUUCCUGCAGGACGCUAUGAACUACCAAAUCUUGCUGGGGAAAAUCGAUACUUUGUUAGAGAAACUCAACCUAGACGCCUAG